UCCGGCGGAUUGGGAAAGCCGGACCCCUCGACCAUGCAUGGUUGUCUGGUAUGCAACGUUCCUGAAAAGAUCGCGGGCGUAUGGCAGGUCACGUGCCUUCUUGAAUGUCUUGGACCACAUGCAAGUGUUUCCCUGUGGUGCUCAUUGCUGUUCUCCUGCCCGUCUUUGUUUUGCAUUUGCCACCGGCAGGUAAAUCUGGUGCGCCGACCUCUGCUCAAAAUAAACGGUACGGCAGGUCUAAGACUUACAACAACAAACCGUGGGCUCUUGACUGGGUAGGCGGUUUGCAUAAACCGGGAAGUGGGGCUGUUAUCUUCUUGAGCGAUGACAAUGGCGCCACUUGGUACUGUUGUGGGGGUGUGGAGAAAUCCGAGGCGGGCAGGAAGACCUAUGAAGGGAGGACGUUUAGGACCUUCUUCCUUACGUCCGUCUUCGACAGCGCUGGGACGGACUGGGUCAAGGAAGACAAGAAGGUAUCCCUUGACCUGCGUCUCUUCCAAGGAUACGGCGUCAAGGUUUUCUCCAUGAAAGCGUUUGACGUGCGUGCUGAUGGAACUGAAUUCCGAAUUCUUUCUCCAGAAGAAUUUCUCAGCAAAACAAAUGCGAACCGCGUCACUGGCUGCCUUCCUGUUGUCGACAGUUCUUUCCGGAUGAGCAAACCUUUGGUCCAAUUCAACAGUCCGAUGGACCUGCUGCCAGGUGUGGUUAAGCGGUACAGGGGAGACUUCUCGAAGCUGCCGCCUGAUCAGCAAACGGACUGUGUUUUUUUGCCCUUCGAGGCGGGUUCCAAGAGCAGCCGACAAACGCCGUCCGCGACGACAGGGAAGACAAAGCAGUUGCCGGGUGCGCCGUCGGGCGCGAAUCUUCCCUCGCCCUCCGUGAGGGGAGGUCGUGAUAUUGCUCAAGGUUCAAGCGAGGCAAUGGAGUUUGAUGACAGGCUUCUGCACCAGCGGAAUGUUGGCCGUGUGAAUUCCCAGGGCAGUGCAAUUGCCCUGGACGAGGACAACGACGAGGACGAGGAAGGAGGAAGUGCUGGGCCGCAUGACGACGGCGGUAAUGAAGCAGAUGUGGAAGUUGGGGAUGACAACAUGGAGGACCAAGGCGGGCUUGCUGACGAGGACGCCGACACGCCAAUGCAUGGUCAUGACAUCUCCCCCGCCGGCGCUGUGGGAGCCGCUAUUGGUCAGUCCUCGACGUCCCGUGGAAUUUCGCUAUCGCAAAGCAGGAGUAAGGGUGGGCACGACUCACAUGCAAUGCAAGGACCGAAGGCGAGGAAAAGAACAAGGGAGACUUCUCCAUCUGCUUCUACUCACAAGAGGCAAGCCAGGACUGACGCUAUUAAUGAGGCUCGUGGAGCUUUGACAGCGUCCCAAGAGGUGCGGCCUCCUCGGAAGAAUAGUCAAGGGGGGCGAUCUGGGGGUCAAGGCGGUGACCGUGGGGGCGGUGGCCGUGGAGGGGCGCGGAAAGGCUCCCAGAGGGUGAGACCACAAGAGCUGUGGGACUCGGGGGAUGAGGGCGAGGGAGUGGAUCCUCGCAUGCCCGAAGAUGCUGAUGAGCCGGUUCAGCGCGUCGCGCCCAUUGACACUACGCGUUGUUUCUUCCUCGAAUACGACGACCAAGGCUUUGCUACGCAAGACGUCCAUGCUCUUCACGUGGACGGAAGACGUAUCACGCCGACUGAAUUCUUGGAAAGGGACCCGGAAGAGUUCGACUGGUACGCUGUCUGUGGUCAGCAUACCGUUGAGGCCAUGAAGAGAUUGGUCAGAAAGGGCUCCCCGACAGUGAAAGUUUAUGGCCUCAACGCGUACUCUAAGGUGCGGGUCGUCUAUUUCGGAGAUGAUCAAACACGAGGGUAUUUCAAUGUCUCCUGCUUCGACAACACACGCGAAAAUCGCUCCAUGAUGUUGUCAUUCGAGGACGUUGUCUGUGACAUCAGGCAAUGGUGGAUAGACAACAAUAGAAUCGAGGCCCCGAAAGCCAAGGUCAGCGAGAAGGAUGAGGUGGCCGUUGCACAUCAGAAGACAUGGCAGAACUUCUUGAGGGUCAGCAUGGGGAAGGCAUGCGACAAGGCGUUUGUAAAGCAAGCUCUCGAGAAUGAGUACAGUAAGGAUUGGAGUAAUAAACUCCGGGGCUAUAUGAACCUCGCCACAUCCAGUGUCGCAGUGUGGCCGCUGGUCGAGAGGUUCUUCGAGAUGUUUAACGAAGGAAAGCUGCCAGUUGGCGAUGGCAAAAUCCCGCUUGACAUGCCCGGGAGAAUGGAAGGCCGCCUGCCAGGCCCGUACACCGACGAGACCAAGGGACAAAGAACAAUGUACCAUUGCAUAUAUGCAAUAGAUGGUCCCAAAGGCUCCACCGUGUCGUCGAAGGACCUUUGUCCUUCCUACUUCAAAAAUUUUGGGGAUUUGACAUGUCGUGAGAGGGAAGUUGCGUUGCUCCUGCUCAUGAAGGGGAAGGUGGUCGCAAUGAACGUCAAGGUCUUGCCUCCAAGAGUGAACACAGAGUGCCUCCUCGACAUCAUGCGAAAGAAGCGGUACAUGGUGCGUAUGUUCAAUUUUGUUCUGUUCUGCGCCGAGGGAAGGGCGGACGACGAAUGGAACGGCGCGUUCUUCAUGUCGUACAAGGACCUUGAAGAUAGGUAUGGGCCAAACGGUCUGUGCGCUGCUGAAUGGGAGAAGGAACGGGACAAGUUACAUGUCAAUAAGGUGAAGAUGGUCCCUCGGCGACUUGGAGGAGUGGAGGAGGCAAGGCAAGGCGCGGGCUUGGGGCCUACGGCGGCAAUGUAUAAGGAGGCUCCGUUUCACCUUAAGGUCUUCAUAUACACUGCAAUCGAUAAGCUCGAUUUGCUUCGCGCCGAGGUGAAACGGAUCGCCUCCAGCGCGCGUCAUAUUGUGUGGGACAAGAUUGGCAAACAAACGACGUUGCUACCUGUGUGCAUGCCAUCGAAGGAAGUGUUGGCAGCGUCAGACGACAUCAUCGCUGCAGUGCAAAAAAUGACAUGCAGGGCCGCCAUCAUGGACAUCCCAUCCUCGAACUUCAGCACGGCGUGGACCUCUCACGAAUUUGAUGCCUUGCACACAUUGAUGAUCAAGUGUUGUGGCCAGAAUUGGGUCUUUUUCUUCUUUGCGCCGCAGAAGGUGCAAAGCGAUGUUCUGCGUCACUUGUUCCGCUGGGAGGAUGUCGAAGUCAUCCCCAGGACCUGGAAACGGGUGGACAGGCCACCGAACGACAUCACACGAUACGGCAAUAUGGCUACGACGAGUCGAGAUAUGAUGGCCAUUGUCCUGCACGCCGACGAAGGGGAUCUGGAAAAAGUAACUGUCAAACCCCGACUCCACAAUGACCUCACAACCGUGCACGUUGUGGAGGAGAAGUUCGGGAAGUGUCAAGGUAAACACGGUGGGAUAGAGGGCGAUGAUAGUGCGGUGUAUUCCAUCAGGGAGCGAGAGCCUGGAAAGUUACGUUCAUUGUGCGGGUCAUUUGUCGGAGAGGCGGAAGGUGUGCUUUUGUUGGGUAGAGCACACGCAGGUCUUGUGUGGGAGUCAUUACUGGCAGGUAAUAAUGUCCUUGCCUGCGACGAGUCGGCCAAGGACAUUGCAUAUCUGACAAAGUUCGUCGAUAUACUUGUGAAGGAUGAGAGAUUCGCUUGUCAUGUCGAGAAGCCACGUUGCAAACAUCGUAGCAACAGGGACAUGUUCCACAAGUUGGGACGCAAGAGACUAAAGGUGUGGGAAUACCUGUUCCGCGAUGCGCCGCAAGGACGGCUUGACGAAAAUUACAUCUAUAGGAAAGCAAAGAUGACAGAGACCCUGAAACAUUAUCACGGUGCUCUUACUGGCGCCUUUGAGACUUUUGUCGCUCGAUGCGAGAUCCUGAAGUUCGAUCUUCAUAAAGACCAGCUGAUGUCCGAGGACUACGCUGACCUCGCGAAAUCGGGUGAUGGUUUUAACCGCGUCGACAGCGAGGAAGACUCUUCGGGGUCCAACCUCGAAUUGGGCGAUGGUAAGGGUGGUGAAGGUCCGGGCGGUGGAAUGGUGCGGUCACACGAUGAAGGGACCGUUCGCUCGCAUGAAAGACCCGUACAGGUGGCCGCCCCCAGUGUUGGCUCGAUGGUGGCCCCCAUGGAGGGCACCGGUUUGCCAAACCUGGGAAUAUGUGGUCCCAAUGAUGAAGAUGAGAUUGAUAUGCCAGGCGAGGCGUCGAAGCUCGCACCAGGCGAUCCAAUUCCUCCCGGCUAUUGUGCUGAUCCGACCACAAUUUUUUUCUUGGGGGGCAAACACGCCCGCACUGGUGAGGACAAGUGGGGCCAUGACAUCGUGUGGCAUGAGGGCAUUUUUUAGCCCUGCAUCCAAGAUGGGGAGUGGAAGAUGGCGGUCAAAUACACACGCGGAUGGCAGACGUUUCGCAUGAUGUUAAAGGACA